AUGUUUGCAGCAUGGUCAUUUGUGUACUCCAUCUGGCACAUUGCUAUUAAUGCGGCCUUGUAUGAUGAUGGACUUCUGUUGGGCAGGUUUGCCUCCCUCUCUCCCCAUGCGGUUGUUCCAUUGUUCCGUGGUUCCGUGAAAGGCACGUGCUCGUUUGUGGGUGGGGCCUCGUCUGUGUCAACAGCAAGGUGUGGCCAAGGCAUGUGCCCCGUCUCUACUGUGAAUGACCUUCGGCGGCACUUGGUAAUGGACGCAAUCAGCGGCCGAGCGAUUGAGGAGGAAAAGGAGGAGGCGGAGGAGGGAGCAGCAAAUGAGUGCACUCUUGCAUCGAUUGCAGUCUGA